CAUUGACAGUGUUUAACAGACUCUGAUCCUCUUUUAUAUUCUGAGCUCCGUGCGGUCGUGAUUGCGCUGCUAACAGUGUGAAAUAAAUAAACCAACAAAUGGAGACACUAUACAAUGUACUGGGCUUGGAGUGGAUGGACGGAAGCAGCAUUUUGAUAUUUCUGUGUGUGUUUCUGUUGUUGACUGAUUUUAUGAAGCACAGAGCACCGAAGAACUUUCCUCCUGGACCGUGGUCUCUUCCUUUGAUUGGAGACCUUCAUCGCAUCGAUCCCAGCAGAAUGCACCUACAGUUCACAGAGUUUGCAGAGAAAUAUGGGAAGAUUUUCAGCCUUCGUCUCUUUGGUGGAAGGAUUGUGGUCAUUAAUGGAUACAAGCUUGUGAGAGAGGCCCUGGUCGAGAAAGGAGAGGACUUCACAGAUCGCCCCGUCAUACCUCUUUUUGAAGCAUUAGUUGAGAAUAAAGGUCUGGUGGGAUCCAAUGGCAAUCUUUGGAAGCAGCAGAGGAGAUUUGCUCUUCAUACACUCCGAAACUUUGGUGUUGGCAAGAAGACUCUGGAGCCAUCCAUCCAGCAGGAGUGCCAAUAUCUCACUGAGGCUUUCGCCCUUCAGCAAGGCAAACCUUUUAAUACCCAGUCACUUAUCAACAAUGCUGUGUCGAACAUCGUCUGCUGCUUGGUGUUUGGGCAUCGUUUUGAGUACACUGAUGAGCAGUUCCAGCAAAUUCUUCGGGACUUUAGUGAGUUAGUGUACUUGGAGGGAAGUUUCUGGGCACAGGCUUACAACAUAUUCCCCUGGCUGAUGAAGUGGCUGCCUGGACCUCACCAGAGGAUAUUCAUAUUGACACAAAAGAUAAUUGACUUUGUAGAAAUCAAGAUCAAAGAACACAGAGAAGGUCUUGACCCCUCCUCACCAAGAGACUACAUCGACUGCUUCCUCACAGAGAUGGGAGAGAAGGAGGACAAAGAUUCUGGUUUUGAUUUAAAGAAUUUGUGUAUAUGCACUCUGGACCUGUUUGGUGCUGGAACUGAAACCACUACCACAACUUUACACUGGGGACUUCUCUAUAUGAUCUACUACCCUCACAUACAAGAGAGAGUCCAGGCUGAGAUAGAUACUGUCAUUGGUUCAUCCAGACAGCCCUCUAUGACUGACAGAGAGAACAUGCCCUAUACUAAUGCAGUCGUCCAUGAAAUCCAGAGAAUGGCCAACAUCAUCCCCCUAAAUUUGGCCCACAUGGCAAGCAAGGACAUCACUCUCGACAAGUACACAAUCCCAAAGGGCACCAUGAUCCUGCCCACAUUGGACUCGGUUCUACAUGAUGAGUCGAUGUGGGAAACUCCACACUCCUUCAACCCUCAACAUUUUCUGGACCAGGACGGCACAUUUAGGAAGAGGGAGGCCUUCUUUCCUUUUUCAGCAGGUAAACGUGUGUGUCUCGGGGAGCAGCUGGCCAGGACAGAGUUAUUCCUCUUCUUUACCUCCCUCCUUCAGAGGUUUUCUUUCUCAGCAGCGGCUGGAGAGCAGCCCAGUCUGGAGUUCAAGUUAGGAGCUACUCGCUGCCCCCAACCUUACCGCCUCUGUGCUGUACUACGAUAAACCACCAAACUGAACCACAGUGAAUCACUGUGUUACACUACAUUUAUCUUAUAAUCAGUCCCUCCAGAAAAACGUUUUUUUGUGAUCGUUGCGGGCCAAAAUCCUUGAUUAAGCGGCACGUUUUGUUAAAAAAUAUGCGGCAAUUUAUGCAAUUUUAUGUGAUGAAAUUGCGGGUUUGCAGCUUUUCGAUGGCGUUCACGUCGCGUAAUUACGUCACUUCAUAACGUCACUUCAUAACGUUCCCAUGGCAACAGGGGAAAAUGGUUGCUCUUGUGUGAAGUAAACGCAAUAAGAUAUAUGUGACUUUUUUGCAACGAAAAUGCGGGGAUUAUGAAAUCAUGCAAGCCCUGCAUAUUUUGCGCGGAAAUCUGCAAUUUAUGCGGCGAAAUUGCGGCGCAUUUGAAAAAAAUGUGGCCCCCGCAUAAAUACUUUGACUGAUUAUGCAUUGAAUUAUGCUUUCGCAUUAUCGCGUUUUUCUGGAGGGACUGUAUUAUAAUACGGGAAGAAUAUCUGCUGUAUUGUUCUUUUCCUAUAUUUUGAGUUGUAAAGUAUAUAGUAUAGUCUGGUUAUAAAGUGUGAG